CUCGGCGCCGUACCGUACCGCAGCAACCAUUAUUUCAAGCUUUUUUUGCACUUCCGUGUGAACGUUAACCAUCGUCCGAGGCCCCUCGAAAGAACUAUCCAAACAAUACAAACACGACAAUGGUAGGUACCGUUGUUAUCGCACCGCAGGUCUCGGAAUGGCAGGCAAUCGUUGCUGUUGCGACGUCCAAGGCUCUGCGUCGCCGGUCUUGUGCAACGAAACGGGAGUGAACCAUUAACCAUUUCCUCCCUGGCCACUAAGAGUCUUGUGUUGGUGCUGCGUUCGGAACGCAUCGGUGGAGGUUUCACCAAGGAUUGCGCAAAUGGAGUGUGUUCUGUUCUGUUCUGUUUGUAGUAUGCCCACCAAUUGUUUGCAGAAUGUGUUGCACCACUUGUGUUGUUUGUUUGUUUGUUUGUUUGCUCACGGGUUUUCGCUCUUCCCAACACACCGUAACACCGUAACACCAUAACACAUCAACACAAUACCAAUACCAAUACCUCACUAACAAACAAUACCACACAACACCAGUCCGGCAAAGGCGGUAAAGGAGGAAAAGGAGGAAAGGGAGGAAAGGCCCCGACCAGCAAGAAGGCCCCGCAAUCGAGGAGUUCCAAGGCCGGUCUCCAGUUUCCCGUGGGCCGUGUCCACCGUUUCCUGAAGAAUUCCGUCCACCAGGGACACCGGGUGGGAGCCACGGCCGCCGUGUACACGUCGGCCAUCCUGGAAUACCUCACGGCGGAGGUCCUCGAGCUGGCGGGAAACGCCUGCAAGGAUCUCAAGGUAAAGCGCAUCACGCCGCGCCACCUGCAGCUCGCGAUUCGAGGAGACGAAGAACUGGACGCCCUCAUCAAGGCCACCAUUGCCGGUGGUGGUGUCAUCCCGCACAUCCACAAAUCGCUCAUCAACAAGUCUGCUAAGGGAAAGAAACCAAAGUUCUAGGAACUGUGCUUGCUCCACUACGGUGUGUGCAAUGGUUCACUCCGACUCAUCCAAAGAGGCACCAGGGUGCAAUGUUGUGCGUCGUGUUUUGUGUCGCCUACCGGUGGUGUUUGCGUCUCCCGGUGCGUCGCGUUGCAUGGCAUGGCAUGGCAUGGCAUGGCGUUGCGUUGCGUUCCAACGACCAAGGCACGACCUUUCGGGAGAUAUGGUUUGGUUCCUGUCGUUAUGGCAUUUCUGCUGCACUUGUUGAUAUCCCGGCCCAUGGGGAAUAAGCCGGGGGAGUUUUUUGUGUUGUACCGUGCGAUCGUGAACGAAUUGCACCCAUGGGCAUGGCCAGCCAAAUCCAUCGGUUUGUCCGCGGGAGCACUCUGCUCAGGUAGUCUACGUUGUAUUGUAUUAAUUUAAUCACUUUUUUUAUAAAAAGAUACAUUUUAG